CCCUUCUCUGGCUCCCUGACCUCACUGAGGUUGCAGCAGGCCUGGGGGCCUAGGGGAGACAUGGAGAAAGAGACGGGGGAUCCCCUGGCUGGAGCCGACCAACAGAGUAGGCAGUCAUGGCCGGAGAACGGGAUGUCAGAGUAAUGUUUGGCCUCUGGAAACAUCUCUUACAGGACGGCCAGCCAACGUCCACUAGGUAGGACAGCCAUCCGCUGGGAAGAGCUGGAGCCUGCGGGGACCUGGCUGGAUAGGUAUGGGGGAUCCUGGCCAGUGCCCUAGUCCCCGGGCCCCCCAUGGCAGUCCCCCGACUCUAAGCACCCUCACUCUCCUGCUGCUCCUCUGUGGAUAUGCUCACUCUCAGUGCAAGAUCCUGCGCUGCAAUGCGGAACACCGCUUCAAAGCCACUGCAGACAGUGGGAAGGGGAGAGCCGAGAGCCCUGGGGCGAGGGGGCUGCUCCUUCCCCUGCGGGAGCUGCUGAGACUGAGGCCAAGGGGAGAGCGGGCUGAGCAGGGAUGGGGAUGGGGGAGAUGGGGGACCCCGCCAGGCCUGGCAGGAGACCCGUCGGAGGCCUGGCCGCGGGGCGAAGGUGCCCGGCUCCGAGUAAACCGCCUCCCUCUCGCCCCCCAGCUCACCAUCAUCUUUAAGAACAUGCAGGAGUGCAUCGACCAGAAGGUCUACCAGGCGGAGGUGGGCAACCUGCCCGCCGCCUUUGAAGACGGUUCCGUCAACGGAGGGGACCGGCCCGGGGCGGUGGAAGACGCCUACUUCCAUUCCUGCGUCUUCGACGUUCUCAUCUCUGGGGACCCCAACUUCACCGUGGCCGCGCGGGCUGCGCUGGAGGACGCCCGCGCUUUCCUGCCGGACCUCGAGAAGCUGCACCUCUUCCCGGCUUUGCCUUCAGUAACUAGGCCCUGA